AUGUUCCGGUCCAAACGGGCCGGGCUGGUGCGGCGCCUUUGGAGGAGCCGGGUGCUGCCGCGGCGACGGGACGGGCGCGGCGGCGGCGGCGGCGGCGGGAGCGGGCCAUGGCGGCGUCGGGGGCGGGCCGUCGAGGAGCCGUCGGCCGGGGCGCGGGGCAUGGCGCGCGGCGAGGGCGGCGCUCCGGCCCCCGCCGCCCGAGCGGCGCCGGAGGAGGGCGGCGGCCAGACGGUGAGCUGCUGCCUCUUCGCCGAGCGGCAGCCCGACGGCGCCUCCUCGUCCUCGUCCUCGUCCUCCCCGGCCGGCUCCGGGGCGCGGGAGCGGAAGGGCGGCCCGUACGCGCUGCUGCAGCGCCUGCAGGAGCGCGCCCUGCACAGCCUGCUGGAGGCCGUCGAGUCCCGCGGCGGGAUGCCCAGCGGCUGCGUGCUGCUGCCCCGCGCCGAGGCCGGCCCCGCCGCCCCGCCGCCGCCGCCGCCGCCGCACCUGGUGCUGGGCCGCCUCUUCCGCUGGCCGGACCUGCAGCACCCGGCCGAGCUGAAGCCCCUGUGCGAGUGCCGCACCUUCGGCCUGCCCGACGGGCCCACCGUGUGCUGCAACCCCUACCACUUCAGCAGGCUGUGCGGGCCAGAAUCUCCACCCCCUCCUUAUUCUCGGCUAUCUCCAAACGAUGAACAAAAGCCGCUGGAUCUUUCUGAUUCCACGUUGUCCUACACUGAAACGGAGGCUACGAACUCUCCCUGCGUCACACCUGGAGAAUUCUCAGACGCAAGCAUAUCACCGGAUGCGAUUAAACGAAGCCACUGGUGCAGCGUUGCCUACUGGGAGCAUCGGACUCGCGUGGGACGCCUCUAUACCGUGUACGAACAAUCUGUCAGUAUAUUUUAUGACCUACCUCAAGGAAACGGCUUCUGCCUCGGACAACUAAACCUAGACAACCGGAGCGAGACUGUCCGGAGGACUCGAAGUAAGAUCGGCUAUGGGAUUUUGCUUAGCAAAGAACCGGAUGGCGUGUGGGCGUACAACCGCAGCGAGCACCCGAUCUUCGUCAACUCCCCAACGCUGGACAUUCCCAACUGCCGGACUCUGAUUGUGCGCAAAGUGUUGCCGGGAUACUCGAUCAAGGUCUUUGAUUACGAGAAGUCUUGCCUCUUACAGCACACCACUGACUUGGAAUACCCAGACGGGCCUUACGACCCGAACAGCGUCCGGAUUAGUUUUGCCAAAGGCUGGGGACCGAGCUACUCAAGACAGUUCAUCACCUCGUGCCCGUGUUGGCUCGAAAUUUUGCUCCGCAACAACAGAUAGCUACCGGCCUUUGAGGAGGAGAGCCGCCACACAAUACAGACAGUCCCCAGAUAUCAUCUACCUAGAUUUUAAUAUAAAGUUUUAUAUAUUAUAUGAAAAUAUAUAUUAUACUUGUAAUUAUGGAGUCAUUUUUACAAUGUAAUUAUUUAUGUACGGUGCAAUGUGUAUAUGGACAAAAAAAGGAAAAUGCACUUUGGCUUAUAAAUCUUUCGAUACAGAUUUUUUUAAAGGAGAAAAAAAAAUAUACAG